CGCGACGGACGAAUUGGCGAUAGACGGUACAGACCCGGCGAGGGAAAAAAUUCUCGGCAGGAAGUACUUGACGGACUACUACCAAGCGGAAAGCAGUUCUGGGACACUUCUGGUCUUUACAGACAUCCUAUCAACAGUAGAUUGAUUUUAUUGAUGCCGUACACGUACGUACAAAAACAAAUGCAGCUUUUUGUGCACGGUAACACUUUGACUUUCCUUCAAAAAUCCUAUUCAGUAUGACAAGAAGUGGCGUGCUAGAAGAAGUCGGUGACCUUAUGCGUGACGCAUUUUGUAAAUACGUGUGCAGCUCCUGCAUGAAAUUUCUAUUGCAUACAUCACGGCGAACUUUGCUGGGGAGUACAGAAUCUGCUGGGAAAACCCGUACAACUACUUCAACAGCACGAAGGACAGAACGGGCUACGAUGCCUGGGAGCUGACGAAAAUCGACAUCCGGGGCCCGAUGCGGGUGGAUGUGUUUGCGCCGACAGGAAGUGUCGUCCCUGCGGCGAGCAAUUACCCGAACGUGAAUUCUGUGCAAUCCAUCAACGCGGGUCUAGACACCAAAAUCGACAUUGAAAUCACGAUGCACUACUGGGAUUACGCACACACGGCAACGAAGGACGACGAAUUUCUGAUUACGCAGGACUGUCACGACAUCGACAGCUACCUGACAAGUCUCUUGACCCACGCGCAAAUUUCCGCAUCCAACAGCUCGCACGUUUUGUGGAAGAACGUGGCGCUCCCCAGGUCGACCACCCGGGAAAGACAAAACUACUACGAGGUCUGCUACAAGCUGAACACGCACCUGGCAAGCAGCACUAGGCGGGAGUACGAAGUGGUUCUUCGGUUCAACACCACCGGGCCUAGCAUCGAAGUGCAAACCUGUCUCGCCACCGCGCCUUACUGCCUACUUCGGUCGUGGACUUUCGGCAAGGAACUGGGCGGGGAGUACGAUCUGAAGGAAUUCCAAAACC